UGUUCACUAAUUUUCUGUUCGAAUCUCGAAUUAUUAUCAAUUAUCAUGCUUUGUACGACAGACUUUUAUCAAUUAUCUGCCACGUAUAAAUGUGCUCCCGUUAUCGAAUCGGACCUCUGUCUGAGAAAAUGCUAUUUCGCGUUAUGAUGGUUAUAGUUCUACUUAAGUAUAUCAUGGCUAUGCACUGUAUCAAUGUAUAUUGAAGUUGAAGAAAACGAGCAUUUGUCUAGUCCAAUUCUGAUUGGCCAAAGCUGAAUGAGAUUUCUCUUAAAAUGAAUCUUGCAAUAUAUGGCACGCGACAUACAAUCGAUGUAGGUGCCGGUGUAAAUCUAAAAGACAAUAUUUUCUCCCAAAUAAUAAUCAAUAUGUACAAUGUGUAUUAUGUUUGGUUAGACUACUAUAAAAAUUACAAGUGAAAUCAGACACACACACGUAGUGUCUAUAUUUGGCUUUACACAUUAAACUCGCCGAAACACGUAAGUAUUGUCUAUAUGUAUUUAGUAUGGGGUACCCGGGCUACUUAGCCUUAGUAUAAUCCCGAACUAGUCUCGUCGGCUAUCAAAGCCCAUGCUUCCAUUUAAAUAUUAUAAAGAAAUCUGAAUAUGUAAUUAACGAAAAUGUAUUGUGUGACUGUACAGUAGUAUGUACCUAAUAUCAAUGAUGUUUUAAGUCCGAAUUCCGAAUUAAAUGUCACGCAGCACAGGUAAGAUAUUAUAUGUGUAUUGCGCUAAAGAUCUCGCAAACAGACGAACGUGACGGAGUCGUUUAUUUACAAUAAGUAUUAAUAUAUUCGUAGACUUCAUGCAGAACUACGGAGGACCGGGCGGCUAUCCACCACCAGGGGGCCCUGGGGGUUAUCCUCCGCCAGGUGGCCAAGGAUAUCCUCCAGGUGGUCAAGGAUAUCCGCCAGGUGGCCAGGGAUUCCCUCCAGCGGGAGGCGGUGGUUAUCCACAGCCAGGUGGUCCAGGAUUCCCGACGGCAGGGGGCGCUGGUUACCCGGGAGUAGGUGCUGGAGCCCCACCUGGAGGAGCAUACGGCCAGCCGGGUUAUCCCCAUUCUGGAUACCCUGGCAUGCAACCAGGAGGAAUGCCACAUGGAGGAAUGCCACAUGGAGGUAUGCCACAUGGAGGUAUGCAGCAUGGAGGGGUGGCACCGGGAGGAAUGCAAUACCAGACAGGCAUGCCCUAUCAAGGAAUGCCACAAGGAAUGCAAGGAAUGCAAGGAAUGCCACAGCAAAUGGGAGCAAUGUAUGGUGGCCCGCCAAUACAGAACCCGCCGAUACCGUUCGAGACUCAGAUACAGGGUGGCCUAGCUAUCGGGAGAAGCAUUGUUGUCAGCGGCAUGGCAAUCUCGGGCGGCAGCGGUAACUUUGCAAUUAAUUUCCAAGAGGACCCGUCUGGUGAAAACAUCGCGCUUCAUUUUAACCCUCGCAUCAAUGUUGGAGCGGAGAGCAAUGUUACCGUCCUCAACACAAAGUCGGCCGGAAGUUGGGGACAGGAAGACAGGGGCGCCCCCUACUUCCCCUUUGGAAUAAAUCAACAGUUUGAAAUACGUUUCAUCGUGGAUCAAGAUAGAUUCCGGAUUUUCUCCAACAACAAACCAUUCUGCGACUAUCCUCACCGAAUUCAUCCGCCACAAAAGUUUGGCUUUAUUCACAUAAACGGGGACGUACAGAUACAUCAAAUCAGACUCGAGUAGAGAAAGGACGAAUAAGAAACACGGAUGUUUAUGAUACCAAUACACCUAUAACUAUCAACCUAUUUAACGUCUUCAAUACAUUGAAUAUCACAUCAUUACAUCUAAACUGGUGAAGUGUUCUUAUCCAAGUUUCUAAUAAACAAACUGUAUAAAGACCAAUAGUCAACCAUAGCCCGUUUGUAUUAUAGAAAUAUAACAAAGUCGAAUUUGUGUAAAUAUUUUCUUUUAUAUUGAAUAAUAACGAAAUCGAAUGUUAUGUAUUUCUUAUACAAAGUGCUUUUAUCAAAAAUUGUAAUAAAAUAUUCCCCAGA